AUGUCCACAAUGGAAGAUAUUUUAGCUACCCAACAGCAGUUGGUGGACGCAGUGGAUAAGCUUUAUAUCAACUUUAAGAAGGAUGGAGCGGAGCGAAAGACUCCCGAUUAUAUACGUCGUCGUUUAGAAACGUUAGAACAAUAUUUUACAGAUAUUCAUAAUAACCAUAUGACACUUUUAUCUUUUAGUGAUCAGUCUCAUGAAUAUUUUACUUUUAAUAAAUACGAGCAGAUUAAGAAAAAAUAUGGUAAUAUUAAGACAACUUUAAGAAAUUAUAAGCCUUUGGCAAGCAUUACAAAAUCCCCUGAAUUACAACCUCCAACGUUUCAAGCCCCGUCUACCUCUAACGCAUCGACCUCCAAUGAAUCUCAGGAAAUAUCUCUCAAAAAUAACUCUAAUAUGAGUAAAACAGAAGAGCUCAUGAGAAAACAAACUACAAAUUUUAAAGCUUUUCUAAGAACUGCCUCGAGUAUAGAACUUGACCUUAUCUCGGAAAAGUGGGAGUUAGAAGACAUCCUAAAGACCUUGCAAGUCCGUUGGACUGCAAUUGAUAGCUUACAUUGGGAGUUGGACAAUGAACUUUGUGGUUCCAACCGAGAAUAUGAAGAGCAAUUUACAAAUUACGAAAAAUAUUACAUUAAAGUUAAGAAGGAUAUCAAUAAAAAGAUGUGGUCGGUAUCACACAUCGAGAAAACAACCCCUAAAAUGGAGUUACCAACCUUCGAGGGAAAUUAUAACCAAUGGGUUUCCUUCAAAGAUCUGUUUACGGAAACUAUUCAUAGUAACCCAUCUCUUUCAAAUGCGCAGAAAUUACAAUUUCUCAAAAGUAAGGUUAAGGGUGAACCUGAGAAGUUGAUUCAACAUCUCCAGGUAAGCUCAGAUAAUUAUCUCAUUAGCUGGAAUAUUCUCAGUCAUCGCUAUGAUAAUAAGCGUCUAAUCUUUACAUCUCACCUUAACAAUCUCUUAAAUAUUCCUAAUAUUCAAUACCAGUCGUAUAAUCAUAUCAAACGCAUUCACGAUGUUACAAACGAGAGUAUAAAUGCGAUAGAAAAUCUUGGAAUUAAUGUUUCUUCCUGGGAUCCCUUCCUUGUAUGUAUAUUGUCUCAGAAGUUAGACGCAGACACGUACAAUGAAUAUAUACAGUCUUUGAAAUCGCCGAGAGAAUUACCCGUAUUACAAGAUUUUUUGCAGUUUUUAGAAACUAAGUUUAUGACCCUAGAAACUUCACGGAAGAAGCAAGAAAAUCACACCCCAAAAGUGUCAUAUCAUAACUUCAAUCAAUAUAAACCUUCAAAAAAUUUAAAUAAUCAAUCAUCAUCUUCGAAAAAUUUUAAUCAUAACUUUAGACAAAGUUAUAAUAAUCCUAAGUAUACUUAUUCUACAAAUCAGGUUAUUUCGCAACCGACACAUUCCAGUAAUAAAAUUAUUGAAAAACGCAAGCUGUGUCCGGUGUGUAAUUCAAGCGAUCAUCGUAUACAUUUAUGCCAAAAAUUAUUAAAUAUGCAGCCUAUCGCACGAAGAAAUGCUAUUGCAAAAUUGAACCUUUGUAUCAACUGUUUACAUUAUCAUGAAGGUAAAAAAUGCCUUUCGCAAUUAAUGUGCAAGGAAUGUAAUAAAAAUCAUAAUACAAUUUUACAUGAAUGUUUUACAAAAGAUAAUAUGACACCGGACGUUUCACGAUCUAGGUUACACGUGCCCCGGGUUGUGAAACAUUUACCUCAACAACAAGAAAUUAACACAUUAGUAUCUCUUCCAAGUGACCCUGCCGAAAUAUUACUUGCCACUGUCAUUAUUAAGAUACAGGCAGCGGAUGGAUCUUAUAAAAAUAUGAGAGCUCUUUUAGAUCAGGGCUCACAAAUCUCAAUUAUCAGUGAAAAUGCUGCUCAAUUAUUAAAAAUACCUCGACAAAAAUGUAAUGGUUACAUUUCUGGGAUAGGAAAUACAGAAAACAAUUGCAAGGGCAAAAUCUCUAUCAAGUGUUUAUCGAUAGUCAAUGAUUAUACCUUUAACACGGAUGUAUUUAUUAUGAAAAAACUUGUAAGGAACUUACCGAGCUAUACCCUGCCAAAACCAAAUUGGCCUGAGCUUAAUCAUAUAAAAUUAGCUGAUUCAGAAUUUUAUAAAAGUAGCCCUAUUGAUAUAUUAUUCGGCGCUGAUGUUUAUUCUGAUAUUAUCUUGGACGGUAUUUGUAGAUUUCAAGAAAGGUUUCCGAUUGCGCAACAAACGCAGUUGGGAUGGAUAAUAACCGGUAAUUAUAAAACCUAUCAGUGUAAUAUAAUCCUUAAUAACGAUAUCCAAAGGUUUUGGGAAGUGGAAGAUAUUCAUGAACCCUUAAAUAUGUCACAGGAAGAUCAAAAUUGUAUAGAGUUUUUUCAGAAUACAACCUCAAGACGUGACGACGGCAGUUACGUUGUGAAAAUACCUUUUAAAGAAAAUCUCGAGGAAAAAUUGGGCGAAUCGAAGUCAAAGUCUAUCGCUCAAUUUAUUCAAUUGGAAAAUAAACUAAUUAAACAACCUUAUUUAGCUCGUGAUUAUAAAUUAUUUAUAUCGGAGUACAAAGAGCUCGGACACAUGAUACCCGUUGUGUCACGCGCCGACGUAGAGUCGAGUUGCUACUUAUCGCACAACUGUGUACAACGAGCGGAAUCAUCAACUACGAAAUUGCGAGUUGUUUUUAAUGCUUCUUCGAAAACUUCGAGUGGAUUUAGCCUCAAUGAUCUUAAUGUUGUAGGGGGCCAAAUCUACAACAAGACCUUCAAACACUAA